AUGAAUAAUACACACUUAUCUACACAGUUUCGUACACAGUAUAUUUUGCGAUCGCCCUCUUGAUCACUUAGUGCUUCUGUAGAACGCAAAUGUUUCCUCACAAAAUGUAGGCGUUCUACCUCAUUUUACCUCAAAUCUAAAUCUAUGUGAAUAAUGAAUAUUUUUAUACCUCUGAAACUAAGAAUGUACAAAUGAAUAUGUCUGAACCCAGCUUAACUGAUUGCCCUAGUGAUACUGAAAGCAUUGAGGAAGAAAUUGAGCCAAAGCUUAAAUACAAGAGACUGCAAAAUGAUCUGCUCAAAAUCUUGUCCAGGGAUGCAGCCAGUUGUAUAGCUGUACACCCAAAAUUUAUUUGCUUGGGUACUCAUUGGGGUGUAAUUCAUCUCUUAGAUCAUGAAGGCAAUGCAAUUGGGGGUGAAAAUGAAGGUGAUAUUGGGGCCCAUACAGUAACUGUUAAUCAGAUAUCUAUAGAUGUAAAGGGAGACUACUUGGCAACUUGCUCAGAUGAUGGCAAAAUUUUUGUACAUGGGCUUUGCAACAAGGAUAACAAUAACUAUAAUAUUGGCAGACUAAUAAAAACAGUUGCUUUAGAUCCAGAGUACUACAAAACUAGUGGAAAACGUUUUAUUACAGGAGAUGACAAACUUACACUUCAUGAAAAAACGUUUCUUGGUAGGGUGCGGCCGACAGUACUAUGUGAGAGUGAGGGGUAUGUUAAAAGCAUGACAUGGGGCGAACACUUUAUCGCGUGGGCGAGCGAUAUAGGAGUCAGAGUGUACGAUAUAAACGCACACUGUUCAUUAGGUUUAAUUAAAUGGGAGGAGCAUCCAGACAUUGAUAAAUUUCGAUGUAAUCUUCGAUGGGCCGAUAGUCGGACAUUGUUGAUUGGCUGGGUGGACACAGUGCGUGUAUGCGUGAUACGAAAAAGGAGUACCAACGAGUUGGCAAAUCGUGAUUUACCUGAGUAUCUUGUAGAUCCAAUUUCAACAUUUAAAGUGGAUUUUUAUAUUAGUGGCAUUGCGCCAUUAGAUCAUUUAUUAGUGCUAUUAGGAUAUCCAAAGGAGCGUGAUUCUGACGGACAAUCAUUGCGUCCGCAGCUAUUCAUAGUCGAAUAUCGUGACAACGAUUAUGUUGAUGUGUGCACCGAUAGCCUUUCCCUAAGGGGUUAUGAAGAUUACACCGUAAACGAUUACCAUUUAGAUGUCUUAAUCGAAGAAAAUCGAUUUUUUAUAGUCGCACCUAAAGACAUUGUUGUCGCAAGUCAAUAUGAUCUUGAUGAUCGUAUUCAAUGGCUUAAAAAUCACGGGAAAUACGAAGAAGCUUUGGUGGCAUUAAUGAAUAGUAAAUAUCGUGAAAGUCGGCGCUAUAACAUCGUAAACUUUGGCAUUGAAUAUUUAGACUUUUUGCUCAGCCGAAAUAUGUUUGAUACAGCAGCGCAACUUUGCUUAAAAGUAUUUGGUCGUAACAAAGCUCUCUGGGAGGAGCACAUAUUUAAAUUUGUAACCGUACAUCAAUUGCGCUCCGUGGCCCCGUACAUUCCACAACGUCUUGAUUGUAAACUUGAUAAACACAUUUACGAGAUGGUUCUCUACGAGUAUCUCAAAAUGGACGCGCCUGGGUUCCUCACACUGGUGAAGGAUUGGCCGCACGAGUUGUACAAUCCCAGCGUUGUGAUUAACGCAAUUCUGGAACAACUAUUGUUGUCAAAGAAAGAUAAAGAAUUAUUGCUCGAAGCGCUGGCGCUGCUAUAUAGCUACGAAAAGCAAUACGAUAAGAGUCUCUCUAUGUAUCUCACGCUGAAGAAUAAGGAUGUAUUCGAUCUCAUUCGAACGCACAAGUUAUACAGCGUCAUCAAGGAUAUGAUCGUAGAGCUGAUGAAUCUGGAUCACGAGAAAGCAAUCAAUCUAUUUCUGGAAAAGAAUCGCAUAUCUUCAGAGGAUGUAGUAAAGAAACUCGUAAACCACGAGGCACUUCUAUAUAAAUAUCUUGAUGCGUAUGAUAAAACCGACUCAAAGAAACAGUACCAUGGCAUGUUGGUAAAACUAUACGCCAUUUUUGAUCGCAAUAAAUUGUUGCCGUUGCUUAAGCGCAGCGAGAAUUAUCCAAUUCAAGAAGCGUUGGAUAUUUGCGAGAAAAACAAGUAUUAUCCGGAGAUGGUGUUUUUACUAGCUCGCAUUGGUGAUACCAAAGAAGCCUUACAAUUAAUAAUGCAGCAGUUGAAAGAUAUCCAAUACGCUAUAAUGUUUUGCCAAGAGCAAAAGGACCCGGAUCUUUGGAAUGACCUCAUAAACCAUUCAAUUGAUAAACCAGAGUUUAUCACGUUUCUCUUACAAAGUCUCGGUACAUAUAUGGAUCCCACGAUACUGGUGGAAAAAAUCCGCGGGGACAUGGAAAUACCCGGGUUGAAAACGUCGUUAGUAAAAAUGCUCUGCACUUACAACCUACAAGUAUCCGUUCAGGAGGGAUGCAAGAAAAUUCUAGUAUCUGAUUACUUUAAUCUGCAUCAAAAAUUGGUGCGCUUACAGCAGAAAGGUGUGAAUGUUGGACAGUCGAUGGUUUGCGCCGCCUGCCAUCGUUCUACGCUAUCUGAACGGGGCCCGCAAGGCAUUUACGUGUUUAACUGUCGACAUUCUUUCCACACUAUGUGCCUGGUUGGUGACCAAGACGACCAGCACUUUUCUGCAUGCCCAAUAUGUCAUGAAUCCACGCCUAGUUACCACAUAACUGAUUGUUGAAAUUAGAUGAGUAUUCCGAUUAUUUUUCACAGCUUGUGAGCCAGCCCAUUGCAUAAUAAUUGCAAGCAAAUGCCUUGUUGAUGAAACGCUUGACGAGUUUCAACACUUAAUAUGCUCAAUAAAAACAAAUAUUCUUCUGCUUCAAGUACAUAUACAAUAUGGUUCCAUACUACAUUCAUCUCUAUAUAAACAUUAAUGCUUUGAACAUCAACAUUCAGAGUGAUUUUUAUUUGCUUUAUAUGUAUUGCAAUAUUUUUGUAUUAUAUAACUAUUAAUUUUUAAGCUCCUCUAAUUUUGCUUAUGUGUAAUUUGUACGUAACAGAACAUUUUCAUGCAGAGUAAAUAUUUUAAAAUUGA